AUGUCCGUCGCCGCGGCGGUCGCCGGCGGCGUCCGGUCGGGCGGCCUCGCCAUGCUGGCAGCCCGGUCCGGCAGCCCCGGGACGGCCUGCGCGUCGCGGCUGCGCGUCGACGUCGACGGCGACGACGCCGCGGACGUGUCCGCCUGCGCGUCGCUGCGCACCGUGGGCGCCGCGCUGGCGCUCGCGCGGUCCACGAACGCGCGCGCGAUCGAGCUCGGGCCGGGCGACCACCGCCUCGCGGAGACCGCGGUGCUCGGCGCGGGCGACGCGAACCUCCGGCUCGUCGGCGACGCCGGCGCGCGGCUCAGCGGCGGCCUCGCCGUGCCCGAUACCUGCUGGACGAGCGCCGGCGGCGACGUCUGGACCUGCGACCUCGGCAGCGACGCCGCGCUCGCGGCGCGAUCGCGAAAACGGUUCCGGUCGCUGCGCAUCGGCGACGCGCGGGCGACGCCGGCGCGCUACCCGAACGAGCGGGACCGCGGCGCCGCGGCGUCCUUCCUCUACUGCAACCAGACCGUGCUCCUCGACAACCGGACCUGGGCGAUCACGCUGGCGCCCGCCGCGUCGUCGGGCGCCGCGCUCCCGGACUGGCUCCUGUCCCCCCACUGGCGCGGCGCCCGCGCCCGGGCCUGGCCCAUCUACAGCUGGAACAACUUCGAGGGCGCCCUGCGCCGCGCGGACGAGGGCGCGCUGGACGCGCUGUCGGAUCGCGGCGCGAGCUUCGACGACCCGUGGUUCCUCGUGGACUGCGCGCUGCCCGCGGGGAGCGCCUGCGACGACUGGGACGGCAACCUGGACCAGGGGUCGCGGCUGUACGUCUACGGCGCCGCCGACGCCCUCGACGAGGUCGGCGAGUGGUCGUGGGACGAGGCGUCGGACGUCGUUUCCAUCGUUUCGUCCUCGCGGCCGGACACCGUCGUCGUGCCGACGCUCUCGACGCUGCUGGAGAUCGGUGUGGGCGCCGACGGCGUCGAGGUCGCGGGCGUGACCUUCGCCGACUGCGACUACGACAGCUACGGGUUCCAGCUGUCGCCCGACGCGAGCGGCGGCCGCUGGGAGCCGGGCAUCCCCCACGACGCCGCGCUGCGGGUCCACGGCGCCCACGACGUCGUCGUGCGCGACUGCGUCUUCUCGAAUCUCGGCGGCGGCGGCGUCUUGAUCGCCGAGGCGAGCGCGCGCGCCGUCGUCCGCGACUCCGAGUUCCGCAAUCUGGGCCAGUCGGCCGUGUUCCUCAGCGGCAACGGCACGACGCAGCCGCGCUUCGCCACCAUCGUCGACAACGCCAUGAGCGGCGUCGGCGAGGUCCUCGCCGCCGCGGGCGGCCUGGUCUGCGCGACGUGCUCGCACGCGCGGUUCGAGCGGAACGCCGUCGAGCGGAGCGGCCGCUGGGGCGUCAACUUCAAGACGUCCGACGUCCAGGCGGCCCACAGCGAGAACAACACGAUCGCGGAGAACGUGUUCCGCGACAUCGGCACGGCGACGGCGGACACCGGGGCCGUGUACCUCGUCGCGGACGACGGCGACACGCGCUUCAACUCGACGAUCAGAUGGAACCGUAUGGUCAACGUCAUGGGCGUCAAGUCCGAGUGGUCCGGGGGCGGCGGCAUCCUGGAGACGCCGGCGUCGUCCUACGGCGUCUACCUCGACAACUCCGCGAGCGGCGUCACGGUGCGGGGCAACGUCGUCGCGGACGUCGCGACGGCGGCCUACUUCGUGCACGAGGGCCGGGCGAACCACUUCUUCGACAACGUCGCCUACAACGUCUCCAACGCGCGCAAGAGCGGCGGCGUGAACAAGGCCGUCUCCGGCGGCGACGCGGCCUACUACGCGCGCGGGAAAAACAACAGCUUCGCGCGCAACGUCGUCGCGUUUUCGUCGUCGCUGCCGACGCGGACGCUCUGGUACGGCGACGACGACGCCCUGGGCUACGUCGACUUCAACGUCUACUACGCCUAUGGCACGGACGAGGAGAGGUUCCAGCUCUUCUUCAACAACAGCGACCUCACGCCCGCGGGCAACUGGACGGAGUGGCUCGCGGCGGGCAAGGACCGGCGCUCGACCAUCGACGCGGCGCCCAAGUUCCGCGACGCGGCGGCGCUGGACCUGUGCCUCGAGGACGACUCGCCGGCGUUCAAACUCGGCUUCGAGGCGAUCCCGGCCCACAUCUGCGCCGCCGUGUCCACCCCGGUCCUCGUCGAAGUCGCAUUAUUUGCCGUCGCGCUCCUGCACCUCGUCGUCGCCGCCGCGAGACGGCGAACAGCGCGACCGGUGAGCGAGCUCGCGGCGCCGCUGCUGUCCACGCGGGACGACGCCUACGCCGUCGUCGUCGACGACGAGCACGCGGUCAAAAAGACGUGGUCCAAGGACGUCGGGUUCGGCUUCACGACGCAAACGCUCGGCUGCGCGCUCGCCGUCUACUUCCUCUUCGCGGCCGUCUUCUUCGCGCAGGACGGCGGCGCGCUCGACGAGCCCGCAAAGGCCGCGCGCGUGCUGCGCCACGCGCUGCGCUGCCUCGCCUGGUGCUGCGCCGUCUACGCCGAGGGCGUCGCGCUCCGCUGCGCGCGCGUGCGAAGCCGGACCUUCUGUUUUGUGUUCUACGCGGCCGCGGCCGCCGUCGACGCGCGCGAGACCGCCGCGGCGUUCGCGGCCGCGGACUGCCGGGUCUGGGCCGCCGCGCUGGAGUGCGUCGUCUUUCUCGUCGCCUGCGACCGGCGGCCCGUGCGGCGCGAGGCCUCGAGCGCGCUCCCGCCGGAGUGGCGCUGCUCGCUCGCGUCGUAUUUCUCCUUCGCGUGGCUCGAGGACCUCAUCGCCGUCGGAUCGAAGCGGCCCCUCGCGGCGGCGGACCUGCCGCCGCCGGCGGACGGGGAUCGCGCCGCGCGCGUGUUGGAAGCCUGGGGGCCGCCGCCGGCGACGGGGAGCCUGUGGUUAUUCACGCUCCGGCGGUGCGGCUGGCGCUACGGGCUCCAGACCUUCUACCGCCUCGUCCCGACGCUCGUCAACGGCUUCGCGUCGCCCUUCGCCCUGAACGUCGUCAUCACCUUCGUCCAGUCGCGGCCGGCGCCGGGGCCCGUGCCGCCGCUCGUGCUCGCGGCCGCGGCCGGCGUCGCGUUCCUGCCCGUCGUCGCGAUCUUCGGCGACACGCACAACGUCAAGAUCGGGCGGCGGCUCGGCGUGCGGGCCCGGGCCUACCUCACGGGCUGCGUCCUCGACGCCCUGGCGCGCUCCCCCUGCGGCGCCGCGGAGCCGGGCGUCGUGACGAACCUCGUGUCCGUGGACGCCGCGAACGUCGUCAACUACAUGGUCCAGGGCCAGCUGCUCUGGGCCGCGGCGCUCCAGCUCACGCUGAACAUCCUGCUGCUGCUGGACGUGCUCGGCGCCGCGGGUUUGUUCGGCGUCGGCGUGCUCGUCGCGCUCAUGCCGGCGUCGCGCGCGAUGAAGCGGCGCCUCGCGCGCUUGCAGACCCAGCUCAUGGCGAAGCGCGACGGCCGCAUGCGCGUGAUCCACGAGGUCAUCGCGGGCAUCCGCGUCGUCAAGGCCUUUGGCUGGGAGCCCGAGUUCGCCGCGCGCGUCGCGGCCGCGCGCGCGGCGGAGGUCCGCGCGCUGGCCGCGUACCUCUACACGACGGCCGCGAUGCUCGGCGUCGUCCUCGGCGCGCCGUCCUGGAUCGGCAUCGUCACCUUCCUCGUCCACACGCAGCUCCUCCAUCGCGACCUCACGGCGGCCCAGGCCUUCACGGCGCUGACGCUCUUCAAUCUAUUGCGGUGGCCUCUGAACGCGCUGCCGGACGCGCUCAACCACUGGAUCCAGGCCAAGGUCGCCUUUGCGCGCUUCGAGGCUUUCAUUCGCGCCGCGCCGCCGGCCGAGGCCGGCGCGGCGGCGCGCGACGCCGGCGACAUCGCGCUCGCCGGGACCUUCUCCUGGCCCGGCGCGGAUUCCCCCGCGCUCCAAGAGCUCGACGUGGUCGUCCGCCGGGGCCGGCUCACGUGCGUCUACGGCCCGACGGCGAGCGGCAAGUCGUCGCUGCUCCUCGCGCUCCUCGGCGAGCUCGACGGGCCCGGCGCCCGGCGGCGGGCGGCCUACGUCGCGCAGGCGCCCUGGAUUUUGCGGGCGACGGCGCGCGACAACGUGCUCUUCGGGACCGCCUACGACGCGGCGCGGUACGCCGCCGUCGUGCGCGCCUGCGCCCUCGACGACGACUUCGCCCGGCUCGCCGCCGGGGAUCUGACGGAGAUCGGGGAACGGGGCGCGACGCUCUCCGGCGGCCAGCGCCAGCGGCUCGCUCUCGCGCGCGCGGCCUACGCGGACGCGGACCUCUACGUCUUCGACGACGUCCUGAGCGCCCUGGACGCCCACGUCGGCGCCCACGUCUUCCGGCGCGUCGUGCGCGACCUGCUCAGGGGGAAGACGGUCGUGCUCGCGACGCACCAGGUGGCGCUGACGGAGGCGGACGCGGACGCCAGGGCAGGACAAGAGAGCGAAAUUCCCAACUUCAAAGGCUCCUAUCUCGGCCGUUUUCCGCUCGCGGACGCGGCGGUCUGGCUCGACGGCGCCGGCCGCGCCGCCGCGCGCCCCCCGGACCUCAGAGCCGCCGAGGCGCGGCGCGGUCGCGACGCCGACGACGUCGCACCCGGCGCCGCGGCCGCGAAAACCGCCGCGGCCGACGGCCGCCUCGUCCGCGCGGAGGCCCAGCAGGUCGGCGCGACGAAGCUAGCCGUCUACGGCCGCUAUUUCGUCGACUGCGGCGGCGCGUCGUUCCUCGUCCCCAUGGCCGCGCUCCUCGUCGGCUACCAGGUGCUCCUCAACGGGCAGGCGUUGGCGCUCAAGGCCUGGGUCGCCGCGCUCGAGCUCGAGAACUCCGGCGCCGCGCAGCGGUCCAAGUACGUCUUCUUCGCGUCCGCGACCUUCGGGACGCUCUGCCUGACGCGCCUCGCCAUCGCCAAAGGCUCGCUGCGCGGGUCGCGAAAGGUCCACGACCGCGUCGUCGCCGCGGUGCUCGCCGCGCCGCUCGCGUGGUUCGAGGCCACGCCCGCGGGCCGCGUGCUCAACCGCUGCGCGUCCGACGUGCAGACCAUCGACAAGGACCUGAUGAACGAGCUCGCCAUGCUCGCCCAGUACGUGUUGAGCCUCGCGGGCAUCGUCGCGGUCAUCCUCUACGAGAUCCCCGUCGCGGCGGCGUCCGUCGCGCCCAUGGUGGGCUUCUCCUACGUCUUCGCCGGCCGCUACUACGCCUGCGAGCGCCGGCGCAACCGCGAGCUCAAGCGGCUCGAGGCGUCGACGCGAUCGCCGGUCUUCGGCGCCGUCGCGGAGCUCGCGAGCGGCGCGCGCCCGCGCCUCGUCACCGCGCGCGCGUUCGGGGCGACGGGCCGCCUCCGGGAGGACUGCCUCCGGCGCGUCGACGUCAACUCGAGCGCGCUCUACCAGCUCUUCGCCGUCAACUCCUGGCUCGUCGUGCGCCUGCGCUGCCUCGGCGCGCUCGUCAACGGCUGCGUCGUCGCCUACGCGCUCGCGCGCGCGGCGGACCUCGACGGCGCCACCGUCGGCCUCGCGCUGAGCUACAGCCUCGGCGUGACCCAGGCCGUCACCUUCACGAUCAAGCAGCACGCGACGGUCGAGAUGGCGGCGAACGCGCUCGAGCGCGCGGACGAGUACGCGCGCCUGCCCCGCGAGCGGGCGGACGGCCGCGCGCGGCCGCCGGGCUGGCCCGCGAAGGGGCGCGUGGCCUUCGAGGCCGUGUCGCUCGCCUACGCGUCCGCGCCGGACGCGCCGGCGCUCCGGGGCGUGUCCUUCGCCGUCGACGGCGGCGAGCGCCUCGGCGUCUGCGGGCGCACGGGCGCGGGCAAGUCGAGCUUGGUGGCGGCGCUCUUCCGCCUCGUCGAGCCCGCCGGCGGCCGCGUGCUCGUCGACGGCGUCGACGUCGCGGCGCUGAGGCUCGCGGACCUCCGCGGGAGCCUGAGCCUGAUCCCGCAGGAGCCGACGCUCUUCCGGGGCAGCGUCCGCGCGAACCUCGACCCCUUCGGCGCGCGGAGCGACGCGGAGAUCGCCGCCGCGCUCGCGCGCGUCGCGUUCCGGCGGAGCGACCUCGACGCGGCCGUCGACGACCGCGGCGCCAACUUCUCGGCCGGCGAGCAGCAGCUCCUCUGCCUCGCGCGGGCGCUCCUCCGGCGGUCGAGGAUCCUCGUCCUCGACGAGGCGACCGCGUCCGUCGACGAGGGCGCGGACGCGCGCAUCCAGGCCGCGCUCCGCGGCGACGACCUCGCGGCGACGACGCUCCUCGUCAUCGCGCACCGCCUCGCGACCAUCGCGGACUUCGACAAGGUCGCCGUCCUCGCGCGCGGCGCGCUCGUCGAGUGCGACGCGCCCGGCGCGCUCCUCGGCGACCCGGGCUCGGCCUUCUACGACCUCUGCGCAGCGACGGGCGACCUCGCGGGGCUCGUCGCGCGCGCGCGGGGGGCGGCGGUCCGGUGA